AACAAACCAAAGUAAAAUUUUGGUUGUUGUUGACCGGGACAACAACUUUUCAGCUCAUACGCAACAUCAACAUCAAAUCUUAAAAUGUCAGCGAUUGGAUUCGUUGGUCUCGGCAUUAUGGGAGAGGGCAUGGCAGCCCGUCUCUUGUCGGAAGGUGUAGCUGGAUCGGAUGACAAGCCGUUGGUAAUCUGGAACCGCACUGGUUCCAAGUGCCAGGCCUUGGUCGAAAAGUUUCCUAGCAUGAAGGUGAUCGUAAAGGAUACGGCCCGUGAAGUGGUGCAGGAAUGUGGUAUCACGUAUUGCAUGCUUUCCACGCCGGAAGCCAGCAAAGCGGUCUUCGAAGGGGAUGACGGAGUGCUCGCCGGUGUGACGGAGGGAAAGUCUAUCGUGGACUGCGCCACUCUGGCGGAGCUCGAUAUGCAGCGCAUGAGUGAAGCUGUCAUGGCAAAGGCAGGACGUUUCUUGGAAGCCCCAGUGUCUGGUUCCAAAGGUCCCGCUGCAACUGGAGCGCUCAUAUUUCUGUGUGCCGGUUCGGAAGAGCUGUUUUCGGAAAUUGUGGACAACGGUUUUAAAGCCAUGGGUAAAGCCAGCCACUUUUUUGGUGCCGAGGUAGGAGCAGGAACUCGCGCCAAGCUGGUGGUUAAUAGCUUGAUGGGGACGAUGCUGGCUGCCUUUGGUGAAGGCCUCGCCUUGUCUGAAGCAGUUGGCUUAGAUCCCGUCAAGAUGAUUGAAGUGAUUGGCCAAGGGGCUAUCCAGAAUCCCAUGUUCAACUUGAAGGGACCUAAAAUGGUAACGCGAGAUCACGGCCCGAACUUUCCGUUAAAGCACGCGCACAAGGACAUGGCCCUAGCGUCGGAAAUGGCCAAACGUGCCGGAGUAGAGUACUCUGUCAUGGACACUGCCGAAAGUCUCUACCGCUCGGCGCGAGAGGAUAUUGAUCUCCGCGUUGCCGAUGAAGAUUUUAGCGCCGUGUUUGAGCGUAUUCACAAAGUCUCAAACAACGAAUUUUCUAACAAGCGAAUGAAAAAGGAGUAAUGAAGUAUAAAUAAAUGAAUUGAGCAUGGCCCAUA